GAUCCCAAAGGAAAUAUUCAUGCUAAAAUAUUUGUUUACGGUAUUUUUUUUUAAAGUACGGCGCAUGGCUAUUGGCUAUGUCUCGGCUCAAAAUAGCACAAUGGCCAUAUUUUUUAAAUAAGGACGAAGGAUUAUUUCCAUUCUAAUUUUUAUCUGCAUUCAUAUUCUAAUGUGAGAGUUGUCAACCAGUAUAUUCAAACACGUUUAGUGCCUCACAUUCCGAAUAACAUGAUAUAUUUCUGUUCGAUGUAGCGCGCUUCUUUCUGCAGUCUCUUUUUAGAAGUCACCUUUGUAAUGUUUCGCAUACUUUGGUUUUGUCAUCAAGGAGAAAUUUUUUUUUUUUUAUAGUUACCUUUUGUUAGCUCUGGUGUAGGCUUAAUUGCUGUCCCAGCGUUUAGGCUUUCAUUUAAAUCGCGCUCUUACCGAUUUUUCCUCGUAGAACAGACUAUAUCACAUAGUUUGUUAUGUACCUCGAUCCGUGGACUAAAAUAUGACUCUGUGGUACAUUUUAAGCGAAACGAAAGCCUUGUACGUAUACAUUGGUCUACUAUGACAUCUCAAACUGCAGUGUGGGGUGUUUGACGCUCAGUCUAGUCGUAGAGCUUUGUCUAAAUGCUUUAAUAGUCUUAAUCACAGACUUCCGAUCACAAUCCACUUUACCGUAAAGGUCCCGGGAGUUUGGUCACGUGAUCAAACUUUUGUCGCCAAGCGGCGGACUACACGUAGGGCCAGAGAAAUGGGUAGGCACACCACCAAAUCAGCGUGAUUGGCAACCAAAGUUUAACGAUGACUUGUUGAUCAACGUAGUUUGAGGAAAUCCAGUAUGGUCUGGACUAGUGACUGUGCCAUAGGUGGCAGACAGUAAGCUCACCUUUGGUGAACGCGGUUAAAUUUAUACAUGUACGUUCGUGAAAUUGAAAACAGAUUCUUUUCAAAAUUUUGCUGUUAAUUUUUUUUAAGGAGAUCAGGGAAAAGUAAAACACACGCCUUGAUCAUGCUGCAGCGUCAUUCACAUUAAUAAAAAGACGUAUUAAAUUAUCCAUAAAGAGUUUAAAGCACUUUAAAAAUGACAGACACAGUGACUAUAAAAAUAAAUGGACUUGAUGUAUUAGAGUCAGGGUUAAAGUCACUGAAGCGCUCAAGGCUUAUGAUAGCUCAAGAGUAUAGUGACAUGAUUGGUGCCAUUGAAUUACAUCAUAACAGUCUGCGUCUGGCCCAUCUAACUGGUAAAGCCAAGGAUCUGGUAGAUCAAGCUCAGAGAGACACCAGAUUUUACAAUAUACUUGUAAAGAUGCUGUGUGAAUUGAAGGAGAAAAGAACUGGAGAACAAAGACAAGGUUUACGGAAAGUCUAUGCAUGGUACCAGGCCAACAAGAAUGCUUUGUACUCUGGACCUCAUUUUGGAAAGGAACAUUUAAAAAGUUAUUCCAAAGAAGCUUUUUCAGUGAUCACAACACCACGCAAGCCAAAAGGUGGCCAGUUUGUUAGUAGUAAUAGUGUGAAGACUAAGGCUAACGUCAGAUCUAAAAGUGCAUCUGGCAUCCGAACAAGACACAGCACCAUCUGGCAACACUCUUCCUUUGACUGGCAAUCAGCUGAUCUUCAAAAGGAAUUGCCUACUCAUGAGUCACCACCUCUUGAGCAAGAAAACAAAGAGUGCACUGCAGUAGCUGGGUCUGCUGAUUUGAGUGCAAAAACAGGGAUGUCAGUCAUUGAUAGCAAGUUUGCCAGACUAAAGCAGCACAAGACUCUUCCAUCUACUGUUCACCCUGUGUCUAGCAUUAUGAACCCACAUGUUUCAUUGGCUGUCCAGACAGAACGUAAAAGGAGCACUCAGAAAAAACCAUUGGGAAAUACAUCUUUGGAAAAUAAUCUACAAACCUGGAUCAGAUUCAGUGAAGACAGAUCUUGGGGACAAGACCUUGUAGGAAAGCUGAGUUUUGUGGGGCGCAGUGGCACUCCCAGUGAUGUUCGUUAUGUAGCCCAUUCCAGUGCUGAGAUGCCAGAGCAUCAUACACAGGCUGUCAUCUCCAGCUUUGCAAAGGCUUCCACUACCAAUGUGCCUGCAAAAGAUGGAGCAGAUUAUCUGGAUCAGAAAGAAAACAUAUUUUUACAGCAGAGUCUGGAGCAGUUUUAUCAGUCUGCUGAUGCUUACUGUUCACAAGAGUUAAACUGCACACAAACAUCACGCAGUCUGUCAGCACCUGUUACACGCAGAGACCCAGAGACACCCAGAAAGAAUAAACCAAUCAGACUUCAGCAGCAGUUGCAAGAUAUGGAACUAAACAAGAAUGAUAACAAUGCAAACUGUGAAAAAACUGGCAUCAGGUUGGAGACUGUAGUGGAUGUUAUUGAUUCCGUUUCUGCGAAUAUGAUUCACUACAGAGAAAAAUUUGCACCUGAAGCACAGCCUGGGUUUCGGCAGCCGAUGGUCAGGGAUUUUACGGCAUCUUUCUUGCAUGCAGCCUCUUCUCCUGUCUUGUACCUUCCCAGCCCAUCACCACGUUCUAGUGUGUCCUUGGAUAACCAACAGGCAAACUACACUCCUCGGCCUCACACCUCUCCCACCUCAUUGCAUCGAGUGUCUGUCACGGAGGAUUUUGAUGAGCAUGCCCAAAACUGUCCUAUGAGUCAAAAACCUGGAUGCAAGACAUUGGGUACAGCAGACUGGGCAGGACGUGUUGAACCAGAAUCACUGCGAUACAAGUGGAGAAAGACCAAGUGUGGGGGUUUCACUUAUCAGAAAACUUUACAGCCUAAAACUGUGGGUUUGCGCAGUGCUGGCACCACCUCAGCAGGCAGACGUCCAAAGACAGCAUCUAUUCCUGUGAGCCAGAAAUGGGGAACACAAAAGCAAAGCAAUGAAAACAAGCGAGUGAUGGGCCAGGCUGCCAGUCACAGCACAACACAGAUUGACCAGAAAACAGUGGACAGUCUGAUCACAGUGCAACACCUCCUAGGAUCCAGUUUCUCUAGGACAGAUUCUCUCCUCUCUCUGUACAAUUUUGAUGAGGGUUUUCUUGCUGCCUUCUCACAUGAUCAAACAGUGCCGACCUCAGGUCAACUUGAGUACUUGUCCUUUGUAACUCCUGCAAGUGUUGCUGCUGGUGCAGUAUUCCCAGAAAAUAUUACAGAGACUUCUGCAAAUAAAUCAAGGAAUGAGAAGCAGGAAGUAAAAGUGCAAGAUUCAUCACCUGUCACUAAGGAUGUUCACCUGAUUUUCCCGGGACAGUCGUCACUGAGUGACAAGACUGAAACAGAUGCUGACACCGAUCAGAAUGGUGGUGAAACUGAGAUGCUGCAGGAACAGCCUUCCCAGAAAGUGUUGCAGCAGAUUCUGGACAAAGAAAAGAUAGACUGUGAGAAGGUAGAAGUGACAAAUGAUGACUGCUUAGGACAAGGUACAGAUGAAACCGAGGCCGAUGUUGGCACUAUCACUCACAUAACAUCAGUGGCUAAUGGAGGCCAUCCUCUCUCUCACAACAGCAGCUUGCCUCAGCCUCUGAGCAUGUCACAGGUUUGGGAGUACAACCCCAGUGAUGACACGGACUCUGAGAAGAAACAUGAAAGUGAUGUUAAUCAGUUAGAGGAACAACCUCCUGCAGUCACUCACCAGAUGCACACACAGCUGUUCAGUACAAGCUGCUUGCCUUUGGCCUCGCCACGGGCAGCAGUUCAAGGGAGACGAUCUGCAGGUGGCAUGCCACAUCAGAUGCACAGUGGAAUGCCUCAGAUAUUACAGUUGACACGUCGUCGUGCAGAGCUCAUCCAACUGGCACCACCUCGCCACACUGCACCCUCCAUUCCCUACUCAUCCGCUCGCUUUUCAUCUCACUUUUCACCCAGUGCGGGACCCUUGAUGUCAGAGCUGGAGCACCAUGCACGGAAGGUCAAAAGCCCUCGCUCCUUGAUGCAGCAUGUUGAAGAACUUCGUAAAAGUGGCAAAAGUCAUUCUCAGGCUUCAGCAGCAUCUCCAAAAGCAGAGGGCCUGUCAGUCAGUCUUCGAGUGUGUCGUUUAGAACUGCCACUUCGAGGUAGUCAGACUGGGCCCUAUGUCCAAGAUACCAUUGAUGCUAGUACCAUGAAAGAGGACAGACAUACAGAUAAAAGUUGGCUGGGAGAGAACAGUAGACCAGAACAAACACAAGAAGAUGAUAAGAAUACUGCUGAGAGAACACCGGCAAGCUUCACACCAAACUCUUUCUUUGCUAAUAUACCUCUGAGACCUGUCACAGCACCAACCUGUCUUGGCAAGAAGCGACAGCUAACAGCACCCAAUGAGCUGCUAUGUCAAGGUUUCACAUAUCACCAGAUCCCUUCGACUGGCACUUCACACAACACCAGCAGUGGCAGCCGUCCUAGUACUGCACCCAGAAUACGUAGAGCUAAAAGUCUGACAAACAUUGGUCGACCCAUCCCACAAGUGACCAGCAUUACUGAUCCAGAUGAACUGAAGCAAGCUGUUCAAAUGCAGAGAGAAGCUGCAGCUGCAGUUGACAUCCAAAGGUUGUUUCGAGGUUUUGUGGCCAGGAAUGUCUAUAAGAAACUACAAAGUGAGGAGAGAGAGAAACUAGAAAAUGAACGCAAAGCAGCUGUUGCCAUACAGAGGAGAUACAGAGAGCACUUACACCGUAAAAAGGCUAUAGAGUCUCGUGCCCCUAGUGAAGAACUACGUCAGUGGAAUAAGAGCUAUCAGGACAUUUACGAGGCCAAUAAACAGGAGAGACUGAGGAAACUGGAGGAGAGAGCUGAGGAAAAUUCUAUGAACUAUCUUUCUGGCAAGUCUAGAAUUUCUGUAAUUGGGCCUCAUGUGGACAUUUAUGAGAUCUAUCAUCCCAAAAAGACUGGAAACAAUAGAAGAGAGCUAAACAGUGCUGCACUCUGUAUUCAGAGACAUGUCCGAGGAUGGCUAGUUCGGAAAUGCUUUGAAAAACUGAAACGAAAGGUGGCUUGGUAUGGCUCAACAUUUCAGAAGAUGGUGACCGAAUACAAGUCAAUGCUUAGGCGUGUGCAAUCUCAGCAUGGUGUUAGUCGUCCGAAGGCACCAUUCAGUGCGAAAGAAAUGAACGAUUACAUCGACGUGAGACGUAGGUAUGAGAGCGUUUUUGAAAAGAAGGCUUUUAGUGGAAUGUUAGAGAUGGACGACAUUGAAGCAUUUUUCCACGAGUGCGACCUGUACCCUUCACGAAGUGAAAUAGAAGAAGCAGCAGAUGUUGUUUCUCAUGGUCAGCCCUCAAUCAAGCGAGGUCAUGGUCUAAAACGCCAAGAAGUUCUGGACAUCUUAUUUUAUAUUUACACUCCACUUGCUGCUGGGUUGAAGAACACUCGGCAGUCCACUUGGAUGAAUCCUAUUAUUGAUGGCAUUGAGGCCAGGCAGCUUAUAGGCAGUGAAUUUGUAGAGGAUGCACCACUUGAAGUCUGCGCACAGCUUGUUUUCAAGGCCAAACGAGAGCAGAAGGAAAAAGAAAAAGCUGAGAAGCAUGCAGAUGAUUAACUGAGAAUUGAUACUUCACCAAUUUGAAGGAAAACGGUUGUCUUUCUUAAAACAAAGCCAACAAAGGGCAGUGAAGGUGUUCAAGGGAGGCAACUUGAUAGCAGACAGAAUUUUUUUUCCCUUCCAGUUGGAUUUUUUUUCCUUUCAACCAUAUAAGGGUUUAUUUUUAAUUUGAAAAGUUGAGUACAACGUUCUGGUUCCAUGCUUUCAUUUUAGUGCUGUGCCAGUUACCAAUUUCACUAAGAAUUUUCGCAGUAAACAGAUUAACAACUUUCAAGAUUUUUUUUAUUGAUAUUUACAUCUUGUUAAAUAAUCAUGGUGCAUUUAUUUUUCAGUAGCAAAAUUUUUUAAGCUGAUUUAUGUAAAUUUACUACUUAAAGUAAAAUUGAUAAAGACAGCUCAUGUUCAUUAAUAUGCUGUUACGAGAUAUUUGUCCCUGCUUGAAGUUUUGCAGACACAGGUUUUUAAAAUUUACAUAAAACUGAUGCAAAGGACAGACCUAACAUCAGCUGAGUUAAAGGCUGAGAUUCAAAAACAAAAAAAAAAAUGGGGAAAAACUUAAAGGCAGAUAUACAGAAAAUAUGGUUUUGCAUCGUACAAUGUAAUAUAUUGCAACACAUUUUUUAAGAUUCUCUGGCAUUAAAACAAAGGAUGAACUGCACCUUGCUUUCUAGAAAUUAAUUUUACCACUGAAUAAUUUAACAGUGCAUUGAGCAUGUACAUGCAAAAACCCAGCAUUGUCUGAUUUUUAUUAAAAUUCAAACUUGCUUAAACCCUGCUUAAGUUAUGAUUCUAGUCACAUAUUUAUCAUGUUAUACAGACUUCAGACCACAGCUUUGUACUGAAACCACACUAUUCCUGAACAUAGCCAGUGGCUUACUUUUGUGAUUUUUUUGGCUAUUGAGUAAAUCUACCAUUUCUAUGCCUUAAGCUACGUGGCUCCCUCUCAGAUCUGCUUCACAUAUAGCCGCUGGCUGCUGACUUGGUGAUAUGAACAAUACCAUUUUCUCAAGAUGGAUGUUUUAGCAUCAUGAUCUCAUUUAAAAUGUUAUGUGUAGGAUCUGUUUACAGAUAUGAUUUUGUGCCUUAUCAAUUCUGACACAUUUGUUAAAAAGUUCUUAUCAGUAUUACUGCUGCCAAUAGUUGUAUUUUUUUUUUUAGGUCUUUCAGAAUUGUCAUAUCUUUCACAUACUUUGUUUUCAUCUUGGCCUGGGGUGGGGAACAUUUUUUCCUCCAAGGACUGUUUAGAUAUUUAUAAGAUCAUUCAACAGGCCAUACAAAAUUAUCAACUAAAAAAUAACUUAUAUUUAAUCAGGCCAUAGUUUCACCGCCUUGGCAGGACCAGAACAAAUGAUUUUGUGGGCUUUAUACAGCCCGCAGCCUGACAUUCUCCACCCUUGAUCUACGGCUUCAGCACCGGCUGUUGACAUGUACACAUUUUGCCAUAUCUUUGUAUAAGUGAUGUCAUAAAUUCUACUCUUAAUUUCAUGUACUGUGAAUUUACAUGAUAUUGAAAUAAUGCAGUUGAUCUGUGAAUAUGAAAAUAGUUUUAUAAUUAUCAUUUGUAUUUAUGUUCUACUUUUGUCUAAUCUGGGGCCUCAGUAAAACAGCUCCUGCAUCUUUUAAGUCUUUAAUCUAAAGAGGUAAUCUGUCUCCUGCCGAAUGGUUGGUGAGUAUGGUGAGAUCACAUCUGUCAGGUCACAAUAUCAGUCAUUAUCCUUUGCACAGUUUUUGGGUGGGGGUAAGGGAUCUUACAUGAAAGAUAUCACAUUUUCUGUAGUGACAUUUGUUGUACCAGUUCUUAAAAGGUAGAAAGUGUUGACAUUAAGUAACAGUAAACAAAUCAAAUAAUACAGUUUUUAAAUGCUUGAGAUGCAUGGACAAUUUUUUUUGUCUGAAUUUUUCUUCGUAAGACAACACAUUGGGUGGCAGUGGUUGGCACCCAUCCACCCUGCUUAAAAAAAAACAACCAAAAAACCAAAAAGCUGGUCCCUACCAAAUUUUCUCUGGAGUAAAUGUCCUGUCAUCAAUACAAGGCCUUGUCUUUACUUUUACUAAAUAAUCUACAGUAUAUGAAAGGGCAUCUUGAAUUAAAGAAACUUCUUUUUGGUCUAAACUUUCAUGUUUUUUAACUGUUACUGGUCAACAUUAGACUCAAUAUCUUGCACUGCUCGAAAGGAAAGAAAACAAAUUAUAUCAUUCUUUCUAUCGACAUAUCAAAUAACAAAAUAUACUCCAGUGUUGUCGCUAAUGCACAAAGUCAGCUACUGACCUUUCCGAGGUUUUUUUAAAAAAUAAUUUAAAUUUCAAAAUUAAAGACCCGUGUUUUCUUUCAAGAAACCUUUUCAUGUUUGAAGCAGUAUAAAGAGAACAAUUUGAAAACUGGCACAAUGUUGUGGGAAAAAAGCUUUUAAUUAUUUAAUAUGCAUAGUUUAAAAACUUUGUGUUGCAGCCAAAUCUAUACACAUUUCAUGCACAGUACCUUCAAGACAGUUUGAGAUAACAUUAAUGAAUUCUGUGUGAAUUGUAUGUUAUUUUUUUCACUUAACAUUGAUGCAGCAAAGUUCAGAACUGACUUUAUAAUGAGAAAAUAUCAAGGUUGGUGAAAACAAUGCUGGUGUGAGCUCUUAUUAAUACACAGUACAAAGUUUAGCAAACAAAUAUUUAUAAAGAACUCAGAAAUUUUUCCUAACACUACAGCGAAGCAGCAAUGUUAAGAUUUUCAGGUUCCUAUUCUUGGAGAAUGCUCCAUGUGAUCUUGCUUUACUUUCUCUUAUUGGAAAAAAA